AACGAUACAACGCACUGCUCGUGCUACAGUAAUUAAAGAGAAACCGGCGAUCGAUGGCCACGGCGGCGCUAGGAUUCGCGGCGAGGAAGCUUGGCGGCCAUGCGCUCCGGCAGACGCAGGAGACGGUAGUAUCGCGGCUCUCGCCGGCCAUCGAGAUGGGGCAGCGGCAGCUCGUGCCAAGGUUCAUCCACACCGAGGCAGCAGCAGCAAACUCACACUGGUGGGGACGAGAAAGAGCGCGUCCUGAAGCGGAUCCGAAGGAUGAAGGAGGAGCUGUACGACGAGAUGGCGGAGGCGGACGAGAUGUACGGGAGAGACAAGGACGCCGAGUGCCGGAUGAACAAGCAGCUGCUCCGCGAGCUCACCGACCACGUCUGCAGGCGUAA